CUCAUAAGUCUAUUCUCUCUCCUCCCUUUCAUUUUCUCGCCUUCUUUUUCUUCUUCUUGUUCUUCCAGUGCUAUCACUCUCUGUGCCUCUCGUCUUCUUGAUUUGCAUUGCCAUGGAUGAGAACCUCAAGAAACUCGCAGAAGCUCUCUUUGUUGAUAGUAAGCCUUUGUCAUCCGAUGAUCUUGUACAGAAGCUACGCUCCGACGAUGCGAUCAGGUUAGGACUUAACUCUUUCUACACGAUUCUCAAACGCGGCGUCGAGGUGCUCGGAGAUGGAAUGUUGGGCCUCCAAUUGUGGAACGAUUCGCAGAUUCAGGCAAUUUCUUCAUUCGCCUGCGUGAUUGCUUCAGCUUCUCGAUCUUUGUCAGUGGAGCAAGCGGAAGCAAUACUUGUUGCAAUUGUGCAACAGUCGAUAGAAUUUGCCGUGUGUUACAUGGAAACUUUUGGAUUUAAUGACGAUGAUCUUGGAAUUCAGAACAACCUGAUUCAUCUUUUAGAGAUGGCAUUGGUAGAUGAAAUGGACAAGGCAGGGGACAUAUUACUACCUACGUCUACUACCCCAUUUGUAGAUAUGUUACCAGUGGUUGAUACUUCUUCUUGUGAUUUUGCGGACGAUCACAUCAAAUGCCAUCUUGAAGGCUUGAGAUUCUCAAAGGAAGGAAAAACGUUGGAUUGGCUUCUAAAGACAUUAGCUUCUGAAUGUGUUCUGCCUGAUAGACAAGGAUCUGGGUUCAGUGGACCUACUUAUUGUCAAGAUUGUGGUAAAUUGGUCUUUAUAUUCCAGCAAUGGGCAGUUGCCCAUGGGACAUACAUUCCUCGUUUAAUUUUGUUGUGCAACAAACUUAUAAAAGUCAAAGAAGUGUUUGAUGAGAGGGUAGAGGGUGUUAGUUUCCGAAAGAGACUUUCAUUCGUUUUGAGGAUUUUCAAGUUACUUGGAAGUCUUAGUAAGGAUGUUCCGUUUGUUGAAUAUGAUGCCUCAUUGGUGAAGGCAGUUGCUUCAUUUGCUGAUGCUUUGUCUAGCUUAUUUAGAGUUGAAUUUGAGUUUGUGCCUGCACAUGCUAUUACUGAAGGGAGUUUUGAGAGCAUCAUCCUAAUGGUUGCGGAAGAAUUCGUUCACAUUGUUCAAGUUUGUUUUGGCAAUAGUAAUGUUCCCCGGAAUGUUGAAGCUUGUAUUGUAGCAUCUAUAAUGGAAAGUUUAGGUUCUUCUGUAUGGAGAUAUGACAAGUCUGCUUCAAAUUUGAAGAUUCCAUUAGCUUACUUCCCCCGCUUUGUGAUUUAUGCACUGAAACUCGUUGAUGAUCUGAAGAGACAAAGGCAUCAGGUUUUUCUUGAUUUUGAUGCAGAACUUGCUGGUAGUUCCAAUGCUAUACAGAAUGAUUUACCCUCAUGCAUUGUUCAUAAUGAGACUGUUUCUUUGCUAAAGAAAUACACUGUUGAAGAGCUUCUGAGAAUAAUAUUUCCUACAUCUAGCCAGUGGGUGGACAAUUUGAUUCAACUUGUUCUGUUCCUUCAUUCUGAAGGAGUCAAAUUGUGGCAAAAAAUGGAAAGGUCAUCUUCUAACUCUGCAAAAUUUAGUUGCUCAUCUGAUGUUGAAAACGCUAUAUGUCAUGAGGAUGAGGCUAUUUUUGGUAACCUUUUCUGUGAGACUGGGCGUUCUGUUGGAUCUGCUGAUGGAUGUGAACAGCCAGCUGCUGCUGCGGUUUCUAGCUCCAGCUAUCAUAAUAUGCCAAUUCAAGCUGCUAUGGAGCUUCUGUACUUUCUUAAGACAUCUGUCUUCUCUCCUGAAUGGCAUCAUUCUCUUUAUGAGGAUGGAUGCAGCAAAAUCAGCACAACACACAUUGACAUUUUGCUUUCCCUACUCAAUUGUCAUGAUAGUUCUGAAGAUAAUAUGUCUCAUAGUUUUACUCCUUUGCAUGGAGACAAGAAGGUUGGACAAAUUCAUGAAUUGUGCUUUGAUCUUUUCCACAGCCUUCUUACACACCGUGCUUUGGCUGAUUUUCUUGAAGUCUACCUUGUUGAGAAGAUCCUUACUGUAGAGAAUGGUGCCUUUAGUUACAAUGACAGGACCCUGACUUUGCUGGCUCAUACAUUGUUUUCUCGGGCAGGAUCUGUUGAUGGUCUGUUGAGAACCAAAAUUUAUCAGGCAUAUGUUUCCUUCAUUGUUGACAAGGCAAAUUCUAUAUGUGUACAAUGUCCAAGUGUCAAGGAUCUUAUUGGCACCCUCCCCUCAUUGUUUCACAACGAGAUAGUUCUUAUGGCAUUCCACUUGUCAGGAGAGGAAAAAGCAGUGUUGGCAAACCUAAUUUUCUCAAACCUUAAAGAGGUUUCUAAAGCAGCAUUGGAUUUGAACAGCACACAGUUAACUUGCUGGGCUUUAGUGGUUUCAAGGUUGAUCUUAAUUCUUCGUCAUAUGAUAAUUCACCAUCGUACGUGUCCAACACCAUUGCUUUUAGAUGUGCGGUCUAAGUUAAGGGAAGCCCCAUUGUCUGGGUCAUCUAUACCAUAUAGUGUGAAUGAUCACUUGUCAUCUUGGUCAUCUAGUGCAUUAAAAAGUAUUAUGGGUGGAUGUCAUGGAGAGGAAGCUGUUCUUAGUAGCUUGACUGAUCAACUGAUUGAUGUUACAGGGUCUUCUUCACUUGCUAGGGAUGACAUGGCAAUUGACAGCUUAAGCCUGAAUUGGAAUGACAUAUAUCUGGUCUUUUCACAAGUUUUGGGAUUUUGGAGAGGUAAAAAGGCAUUGGCAUUGGAAGAUCUAGUUGUUGAAAGAUAUCUUUUCAGUCUUUGUUGGGAUGUUCCUUUUAGUGGCUCUGAAGCAGACCAGACGAUCAUUCCUCAGAGUGGGGAUUUCUCUCUGGACUUAUCUAACAUGUUACAUUUUUUCCACUUCAGUCAUUCUCUUCUAGGCCACCAUGAGGUUAUUGAGAAGUGCACUACUUUUCCAGAUGUUAUGCUAAGCUUGCUUCAGCAUUUAGAUGCUGUGUCCGUAACAGAAGACACUGAUGAAUUAGGUUGGGAUUUUCUCAGAAAUGGGAUGUGGCUUUCUCUGGUGCUCUCAUUCAUUAAUAUUGGCAUAUGGAGAUAUUGUGCAGACAAUGCACUUUCUAAAGAGGGUCUUAUGUGGAGAGAAUGCCCUUUUGGGGACCAAAAUAAUGUUAAACUUGCUGGAAGCAUGAUUUCUUCCAUGAUUGAAGCUGGGCACUUUGCAUCACUUGUGGGCCUGUUUUCAUCCUUGCUGAACAAAUAUGUGCAGAUUCAUCAGAAAGCUUUCCUUGCUACCCUUAGUUACAAACAGAAGUUGGCUCCUGGGUUCCCACCAAUCUUGCUUCUCAAGCAUACUGGAAUUGAUAAGUGCUUGCAGGAUGAGCUUCUGCAGAGGAGUGGUUCUAACCUAAGUGAGCUGUAUUCUGUUCUUAGUGUACUAUCAAGGCUGGAUGCUACUGUUCAGAAAAAAGCUUUAGGAACGCUAUCUAGGGUCUCAUCAGAGUGCUUGUUGCAUGGUUUUCCAUUUCAUCUUUCUACUUAUAGUGCAACUAUGUUUUCUUCUAUUCUUAGCAUAAGAGGAAUAAUUUUUAUUCUUGAUGGGUUGCUUAGAAUACAAGAUGUUGGGGGAAAUGUUAACUUGGAGAUUGAGGUCCUUCAACAAAUUCUUGAUGUGGUAAUGAAUAUCAAGUUUGAUAAAAUGUUUGAAAGUGUUCAUGAGAAAUGUGACUCUAUAUAUCACAACCUAGGUGCAGAAAUGGAAAGUUCAACUCAUGCAAAUUUAAUUCUAAUGAAGCAAAUGGAAGGGUUUCUGAGGGACAUCAAUGCUGGAGGAGUUUCUGAUGGCAUAGUUGAUGAAUGGAUGAUAAGCAAGAUAAUUGACAUUUUGAGCAGCCUCAGAAAAGACCCAUCAAAAUCUGCCAUAUUCCAGUUUUAUCUUGGUGUUGAAAAUGCAGCAGGGCAGAUCAACAGGCUUUUACAGUUGCAUCCUGGUGGUUGUUUGGUUCUGAUUGACUCUCUAAAUAGCUGUUACUCUGAAUCGGUUAAUGUGAAGGUUCUUGAUUUCUUUGUCGAUCUUUUAUCUAGUGAAUUGUUUCCUGAUCUCAGGAGGAUGAUGCAAACAAAAUUUCUGGAUAAAGAUCCACAUAACUUGUCCAAGUGGUUGGAGACAAGGCUUUUGGGCACCUUAAUGGAUUCUGGUGGUGGGGCUAGCAGUGCUAAGGGUUGCUCCACUUUGCUUAGGGAAUCGACAAUGAAUUUCAUUCUUUGUCUUGUGUCAUUGUCCUCUGAGCAAACAAAAGAACUGCAGCACCACAUCUUUGAUUCUGCAUCGUUGUCUCUUGAUACUGCUUUUUUGCAAUUUGAUAUACAUGCAGCCAAGUCAUAUUUCAAUUUCAUCGUUCAAAUUUCAAAAGGAGAAUCCUUGAUAAAAUUGUUGCUGACAAGGACAGUAAUGCUGAUGGAGAAGUUGGUGGGCAAUGAACAGUUGCUUCCAGGUCUAAAGUUUCUAUUUGGUUUCAUUGAAAAUGUUUUGAGUGAUUGUGGCUCUGGUAAAAUCUCCCCACAAAGGACAACUAGCAAAUGUUCUUCAGGCACUUCUCUUGGGGUAGGCCAUGUUGCUGGACCAGUGGAAUCCAGGAAGAACUCUGAGACAUUUGUUCUUUCUGCCAAUCAGGAAGGUGGAUCAGCCUCUCUUGAAUGUGAUGCAACUUCUGUUGAUGAUGAUGAGGAUGAUGCGACUUCUGAUGGUGAGGUUGGUAGCAUAGAUAAAGAUGAAGAUGAAGAUGCUAACAGUGAAAGGGUGCUUGCUUCUAAAGUCUGCACAUUUACAUCCAGUGGCAGCAAUUUUAUGGAGCAACAUUGGUACUUUUGCUAUACAUGUGAUCUGACAGUAUCCAAAGGCUGUUGUUCUGUUUGUGCUAAGGUUUGUCAUCGGGGUCAUCGUGUUGUUUAUUCCCGCUCAAGUAGGUUCUUUUGUGACUGUGGUGCUGGGGGUGUUAGAGGUAGUAACUGUCAAUGUUUGAAACCUCGGAAAUUCACUGGAAGUAGCAGUGCACCUGUUCGAAAUUCUAAUACUUUUCAGUCAUUUUUACCCUUUUCUGGGGAUGGGGAUCAGUUGCCAGAUAGUGAUUCAGAUUUUGAGGAGGACAUUUGUUCAGAUGUAGAUAACCCUUUCAAAUUGUCUAUACCAAAAGAGCUUCAAGAAGGGAUUCCACUAUUAUUGGAGGAACUUGAUAUUGAGGGCCGAGUACUCAAUCUUUGCACUUCAUUGAUGCCAUCAAUAAUGAGUAGAAGAGACUCUGACCAUUUGAAGGAUAAGAAAAUAGUACUGGGUGAAGAUAAGGUGCUAUCUUAUGGCGUGGAUCUCUUGCAACUGAAGAAAGCAUAUAAAAGUGGAUCUUUAGAUCUGAAGAUAAAAGUUGAUUAUUCAAAUGCCAAGGAGCUUAAAUCACAUUUAGCAAGUGGGUCUCUUGUCAAGUCAUUGCUUAGUGUUAGCCAACGAGGUCGACUUGCUGUUGGUGAAGGUGACAAGGUUGCUAUAUUUGAUGUUGGCCAGUUAAUUGGACAAGCUACCAUUGCACCUGUCACGGCUGACAAGACCAAUGUAAAACCACUUUCUAAAAAUGUUGUUCGCUUUGAAAUUGUACAACUUGCUUUCAACCCUGUGGUGGAGAAUUAUCUUGUGGUAGCUGGUUAUGAAGAUUGCCAGGUCCUUACAUUAAAUCCUCGUGGUGAAGUGAUUGACCGACUUGCAGUUGAAUUAGCUUUGCAAGGUGCAUAUAUUAGACGUGUGGAUUGGGUCCCAGGCUCACAGGUUCAGUUAAUGGUUGUGACUAACAGAUUUGUUAAAAUAUAUGACCUGUCCCUGGACAAUAUCAGUCCAAUGCACUACUUCACUUUGCCAGAUGAUAUGAUUGGGGAUGCUACUCUUUAUCUGGCUUCCCAGGGAAGGAUGUUUCUUAUUGUUCUGUCAGAAAAUGGUUCCAUAUUCAGGUUAGAAUUAUCUGUCAAAGGAAAUGUUGGGGCCACGCCAUUGAAUGAAAAUUUACAGCUUCAGGGUAAAGAAAUUCAUGCAAAGGGUUCAUCAUUGUACUUCUCCUCAACUUAUAAGCUACUUUUUAUAUCAUUUCAAGAUGGUACCACAGUGAUUGGACGAUUAAGUUCUGAUGCUUCCUCUCUAGUUGAUAUCUCUUCUGUAUAUGAGGAACAAGAUGGUAACCUGCGGCCAGCUGCAGUACAUCAUUGGAAAGAACUGGUGGCUGGAAGUGGCUUAUUUGUCUGCAUAUCAAGUGGGAAAUCAAAUUCUGCACUUGCUGUGUCAAUGGGGGAAUGUGAAAUACUUGCACAGAACUUGCGGCAUCCUGGGGGUUCAACCUCACCUAUAGUUGGGAUGACUGCUUACAAACCACUAUCAAAGGAUAAAAUACACUGUCUUGUCUUGCAUGAUGAUGGUAGCCUUCAAAUAUAUUCACAUGUUCCUCUGGGAAUUGAUGCUGGUAUGACUGCAGCGUCGGAGAAAGUUAAGAAAUUAGGAUCUAAUAUACUCAGUAAAGCCUAUGCUGGUACAAAUCCUGAAUUUCCUCUUGAUUUUUUUGAGAAAACUGUUUGCAUUACGUCAGAUGUGAAACUGGGUGGCGAUGCCAUCAGAAAUGGUGAUUCUGAAGGAGCAAAACAGAAUUUAUCAAAUGACGAUGGUUUUCUUGAAAGUCCAAGCCCGGCAGGUUUUAAGAUAUCUGUCUUCAAUUCACAUCCUGAUAUUGUCAUGGUUGGCUUUCGAGUUCAUGUGGGAAAUACAUCGGCAAGCCACAUACCUUCAAGUAUUUCUAUUUUCCAGAGAAGUAUUAAAUUAGAUGAAGGAAUGCGGUCCUGGUAUGAUAUCCCAUUUACUGUUGCUGAAUCACUCCUUGCUGAUGAAGAAUUUUCUAUCUCUGUGGGGCCAACCUUCAAUGGCUCAACACUUCCCAGAAUAGAUUCCCUUGAAGUUUAUGGACGAACUAAAGAUGAAUUUGGUUGGAAAGAGAAAAUGGAUGCUGUUUUGGAUAUGGAAGCGAGGUCACUUGGUCUGAAUUCCUCUGUGGCUGCAUCUGGGAAAAAGUGCCGAUCAAUGCAGUCUGCACCUAUUCAGGAGCAGGUAAUAGCUGAUGGACUUAAGCUUAUUACUAAGUUCUAUUCACUAUGUAGGCAGCAAGGGUGCUCAAGGCUUGAGGAAGCGAAAGCUGAGCUCAGCAAACUCAAGUGCAAGCAUUUACUUGAAAUAAUAUUUGAGAGGGACCGUGAACCAGUACUGCAGGCUUCUGCUUGUUGUGUCUUACAGGCUGUUUUUCCUAAGAAAGAGAUAUACCAUCAGGUUAAGGAUACCAUGCGGCUUCUUGGGGUGGUGAAAUCAGCCUCAUUACUAUCAUCAAGGCUUGGGACAGGUGGUAGUACAGGAAGCUGGAUCAUUGAAGAGUUCACUGCCCAGAUGCGGGCAGUUUGUAAAAUUGCAUUACAGCGGCGUUCUAAUUUAGCAAUUUUUCUGGAGACAAAUGGUUCUGAGGUGGUGGAUGCCCUUAUGCAAGUUCUGUGGGGAAUUUUGGACCUUGAGCAGCCUGACACACAAACUAUGAACAACAUUGUCAUGUCUGCUGUUGAACUAAUUUAUUGCUAUGCUGAAUGCUUGGCUUUACAUGGAAAGGAUGUACCACUGCGCACUGUGACACCUGCUGUUGCAUUACUCAAGAAACUUUUAUUUUCCUCCAAUGAGGCUGUUCAGACUGCCAGCAGUUUGGCCAUAUCUUCAAGAUUACUCCAGGUCCCUUUUCCAAAGCAGACCAUGUUAGCUACAGAUGAUGCUGUUGAGACUGUUGUGUCUGUUCCUAGGGCUCCUGAUGCUAGUGGUGGAAAUAAUCAAGUCAUGAUUGAAGAAGACUCUAUAACUUCUUCUGUUCAAUACUGUUGUGAUGGUUGCUCUACUGUACCUAUACUAAGGCGAAGAUGGCAUUGUACUGUUUGUCCUGAUUUUGACUUGUGUGAGGCAUGCUAUGAAGUACUUGAUGCAGAUCGGCUCCCUCCACCACACUCUAGAGAUCAUCCUAUGACAGCAAUUCCAAUUGAAGUAGAUUCAGUGGGAGAUGGCAAUGAAUUUCACUUCACACCUGAUGACGUUAGUGACCCUAACUUGUUGCCUAUUCCAGCUGAUGGCAACACACAGAAUUCUUCUCCAUCAAUUCAUGUCUUGGAGCCCAAUGAUUCUGGAGAAUUUGCUGCUUCAUUGACUGAUCCUGUCUCAAUUUCUGCUUCAAAACGGGCUGUAAACUCCUUACUUCUUUCUGAUCUUCUUGAACAAUUGAAAGGAUGGAUGAAUACGACCUCAGGAAUGCGGGCAAUUCCUGUUAUGCAGCUUUUCUACAGAUUAUCAUCUGCAGUGGGUGGACCUUUUAUAGACUGCUCAAAGCCUGAUGGCCUAGAUUUAGAGAAGCUUAUCAAAUGGUUUUUGGAUGAGAUUAAUCUCAACAGAUCAUUUGUGGCCAAAACCCGUUCAUUAUUUGGGGAAGUUGCUAUCCUUGUCUUCAUGUUCUUCACCUUGAUGCUUAGAAAUUGGCAUCAGCCUGGUAGUGAUAAUUCUGUGCCAAGGCCGAGUGGAACUGUUGACACACAUGAUAAGAAUGUCAUUCAGCUUCCGUUAUCCACUACUGGGGCUGCCAAGCCUUCAGUAGAUGACCAUGAUAAGACUGACUUUGCAUCACAGCUGCUUCGAGCUUGUGAUUCUCUUAGGCAGCAAGCUUUUGUGAAUUAUUUGAUGGAUAUAUUGCAGCAGCUAGUGCAUGUUUUCAAAUCUCCUGUUAAUAGUGAAAGUGCACUUAAUUUUAAUGCUGGGCCUGGGUGUGGGGCUCUUCUAACAGUACGUAGAGACUUACCUGCAGGCAAUUUUUUGCCUUUUUUUUCUGAUUCAUAUGCCAAAGCACAUCGAACAGAUAUAUUUAUGGAUUACCACAGGCUGUUGCUCGAGAAUACUUUCCGACUGGUUUAUACUCUUGUUCGGCCAGAAAAGCAUGACAAAAUUGGGGAAAAAGAAAAAGUCUACAAGAUGUCACAUGGGAAGGAUUUGAAGCUAGAGGGAUAUCAAGAUGUUCUCUGCAGUUACAUUAAUAAUCCUCAUACAAAUUUUGUGAGAAGAUAUGCCAGAAGGCUUUUCCUACAUCUCUGUGGAAGCAAGUCUCAUUAUUACAGUGUCCGGGACUCUUGGCAGUUCUCUAGUGAAGUGAAGAGACUUUAUAAGCAUGUAAACAAGUCUGGUGGUUUUCAAAACUCAAUUCCAUAUGAGAGAAGUGUAAAGAUUGUGAAGUGCCUUUCCACUAUGGCUGAAGUAGCGGCUGCUCGUCCGCGGAACUGGCAAAAAUAUUGUUUAAGGCAUGGAGAUAUUUUGCCCUUCCUGGUGGAUGGAGUGUUUUAUCUUGGAGAGGAAUCUGUUAUUCAGACGCUUAAACUUCUGAAUUUGGCCUUCUAUACUGGAAAAGAUACUAGCCUUGUGUCCCAGAAAACAGAAGCUGGAGACACAAGCUCAAAUAAAUCAGGUUCCCUAUCUCAAGAAGUAAAGAAGAAAAAGAAAGGGGAUGAGGGGGCUGAGUCUGGUUUGGAGAAGUCCUAUUUAGAUAUGGAGGCAGCAGUAGAUGUCUUCACUGACAAAGGUGGUGAUAUCUCAAAGCAGUUUAUAGAGUGCUUUCUUUUGGAGUGGAAUUCCAGUACUGUUCGUGCAGAGGCUAAAUUAACUCUUUAUGGUGUUUGGCAUCAUGCUAAGCAGUCAUUUAAGGAAAUUUUGCUAGUGGCUCUCUUGCAGAAAGUUAAGUUCCUACCAAUGUAUGGCCAGAAUAUUGUGGAGUACACAGAACUUCUAACUUGGUUGCUUGGAAAAUCCCCUGAUAUGAGUUCAAAGCACCAGAUUUCUGAACUUGUGGACAGAUGCUUGACCCCUGAUGUGAUUAGGUGCAUUUUUGAGACACUCCAUUCGCAGAAUGAGCUGUUAGCAAAUCAUCCAAAUUCCCGUAUAUAUAAUACAUUAAGUGGCUUAGUGGAAUUUGAUGGAUAUUAUCUUGAGAGUGAACCUUGUGUUGCCUGCAGCUCCCCUGAAGUACCUUACAGCAAGAUGAAGCUAGAAUCUCUAAAGUCUGAAACGAAAUUCACUGACAAUCGUAUUAUAGUGAAAUGCACUGGGAGUUACACAAUCCAGACUGUGACAAUGAAUGUUCAUGAUGCCAGAAAGUCAAAGUCAGUUAAGGUUUUGAACCUAUACUACAAUAAUCGACCAGUUGCUGACUUGUCAGAGUUAAAAAAUAACUGGUCUUUGUGGAAGCGUGCAAAAAGUUGCCAUCUUUCUUUUAAUCAGACUGAACUUAAAGUUGAAUUCCCCAUUCCUAUCACUGCUUGUAACUUCAUGAUUGAACUGGAUUCAUUCUAUGAAAAUCUUCAGGCAUUGUCACUUGAACCAUUGCAGUGCCCUCGAUGUAGUCGUCCUGUCACUGAUAAGCAUGGAAUAUGUAGCAAUUGCCAUGAAAAUGCUUAUCAAUGCAGGCAAUGCCGCAACAUCAAUUAUGAGAAUUUGGAUUCUUUUCUGUGUAAUGAGUGUGGGUACAGCAAAUAUGGGCGGUUUGAGUUUAACUUCAUGGCGAAGCCGAGUUUUACAUUUGAUAAUAUGGAAAAUGAUGAAGAUAUGAAGAGGGGAUUGGCAGCCAUAGAAUCUGAGUCAGAGAAUGCUCAUAGGCGAUAUCAACAACUCUUGGGCUUCAAGAAGCCCUUGCUUAAAAUUGUUUCAAGCAUUGGUGAGAACGACAUGGACUCACAACAGAAGGACUCUGUGCAACAAAUGAUGGUAUCUAUACCUGGACCUUCUUGUAAAAUCAAUCGGAAAAUUGCUCUUCUUGGAGUCCUGUAUGGUGAGAAGUGCAAAGCAGCUUUUGAUUCUGUGAGCAAAAGUGUGCAGACGCUCCAAGGGCUGCGGAAGGUGCUGAUGAAUUACUUGCACCAGAAGCAUUCUGACAAUGGCAUGGCUUCAAGAUUUGUAGUUUCAAGAUCCCCAAAUAAUUGUUAUGGCUGUGCGACUACUUUUGUAACACAAUGUCUGGAAAUGUUACAAGUGUUGGCAAGGCAUCCAAAUUCCAAGAAGCUAGUUGUUUCAGCUGGCAUUUUGUCUGAGUUAUUUGAGAAUAAUAUUCAUCAAGGUCCCAAAGUGGCCCGUGUCCAAGCAAGAGCAGUGCUUUGUUCUCUAUCAGAGGGUGAUGUAAAUGCAAUUACUGAGUUGAACGGUUUGAUACAAAAGAAGGUUAUGUAUUGCCUUGAGCAUCAUCGCUCCAUGGAUAUUGCUGUCACUACACGUGAAGAGAUGCUAUUACUUUCUGAGGUGUGUUCUUUGGCUGAUGAAUUCUGGGAAUCAAGAUUACGUAUUGUGUUUCAGUUGUUGUUCUCUUCCAUCAAGUUAGGUGCUAAACAUCCUGCCAUAUCUGAGCAUGUCAUUCUUCCUUGCCUGAGAAUUGUAUCUCAGGCAUGUACACCUCCAAAACCUGAUAAUCCAGAAAAAGAGCAAGGCCUUGGGAAGUCUCAAGCGACAAAGGAUGAAAGUAAUACAAAUGCAUCUGGGUUUUUGUCUAAUGUCAGUGGGACUAAGUCAUUUCCAGACUCAUCAGAAAGAAAUUGGGAUGCGACACCUAAAACGCAGGAUAUUCAAUUAGUGAGCUAUGCAGAGUGGGAGAGGGGAGCUUCCUAUAUUGAUUUUGUUAGAAGGCAAUACAAAGUUUCUCAGGCUGUCAAAGCUGCUGGUCAAAGGUCGCGACCCCAAAGACAUGAUUACCUAGCCCUUAAAUAUGCUUUGAGAUGGAAGCGUUGUGUUUGUAAGACAGCCAAAAGUGACUUAUCUGCAUUUGAGUUGGGAUCAUGGGUUAAAGAACUUGUUUUGAGUGCUUGUUCUCAAUCUAUUAGGUCAGAGAUGUGCAUGCUGAUAAACUUACUUUGUGCUCAAAGUUCAUCCAGGCGAUUUAGGUUGCUGAACUUGCUUGUCUCUUUGUUACCUGCAACACUGGCUGCUGGUGAAAGUGCUGCAGAAUAUUUUGAACUGCUGUUCAAGAUGAUAGAUUCAGAAGAUGCUCGUUUAUUUUUGACUGUUCGGGGAUGCCUGCGGACAAUCUGCACUCUAAUUACUCAAGAAGUUAAUAAUGUGGAGUCUUUGGAAAGAAGUCUUCACAUAGAUAUAUCUCAGGGAUUUAUCCUUCACAAGCUCAUAGAACUUCUUGGUAAAUUUUUAGAAGUUCCCAAUGUCAGAUCCAGAUUCAUGCGAGACAAUUUACUUUCUGAAAUACUUGAAGCACUUAUAGUAAUUCGGGGCUUGAUAGUGCAAAAGACAAAGUUGAUCAGCGAUUGCAAUAGGCUCCUGAAGGAUCUUUUAGAUAGUCUAUUGCUGGAAAGCAGUGAAAACAAGCGGCAGUUCAUUCGGGCCUGCAUAAAUGGCUUGCAAAUACAUGGAGAGGAGAGGAAGGGACGUGCUUGUUUGUUUAUCUUAGAACAACUCUGCAAUCUGAUCUGCCCCUCGAAACCAGAGCCUGUGUAUUUGUUGGUUUUGAACAAGGCUCAUACACAGGAAGAGUUUAUUAGGGGAUCAAUGACUAAGAAUCCAUAUUCAAGUGCUGAAAUUGGUCCAUUGAUGCGUGAUGUUAAGAAUAAGAUUUGCCAUCAGUUGGAUCUGUUAGGUCUCCUGGAGGAUGACUAUGGAAUGGAGCUGCUAGUCGCUGGCAAUAUCAUCUCUCUUGAUUUGAGCAUUGGACAAGUUUAUGAGCAAGUGUGGAAGAAGUCAAAUCAAUCAUCAAACAGUGUGGCAAAUUCUACCUUAUUGGCAACAAAUGCUAUUACCACAUCGAGAGACUGCCCACCUAUGAAUGUGACUUAUCGACUUCAGGGAUUGGAUGGCGAAGCUACUGAACCUAUGAUUAAAGAAUUGGAGGAAGAUAGAGAGGAAUCUCAGGAUCCAGAGGUCGAGUUUGCCAUAGCAGGUGCUGUUCGUGAGUGUGGUGGAUUGGAGAUACUAUUGGGCAUGAUUCAGCGCCUACGGGAUGAUUUGAAGUCCAACAAGGAGCAGUUGGUUGCAGUUCUUAAUCUGCUAAUGUACUGUUGCAAGAUAAGAGAAAACAGGCGGGCCUUGUUGAAGCUGGCAGCCUUAGGUUUACUGCUUGAGACAGCUAGGAGGGCUUUCUCUGUUGAUGCCAUGGAGCCAGCUGAAGGCAUACUUUUGAUUGUUGAAAGCCUGACAUUAGAAGCAAAUGAAAGUGACAAUAUUAGUACCACUCAAAGUGCUCUUACUGUCACUAGUGAAGAAGCAGGAACAGGUGAACAGGCCAAGAAAAUAGUUCUCAUGUUCUUGGAGAGAUUGUCCCAUCCGUUGGGCCUCAAAAAAUCCAACAAACAGCAGAGAAAUACGGAGAUGGUUGCUCGAAUAUUGCCCUAUUUAACAUAUGGCGAGCCUGCUGCAAUGGAAGCUCUCAUCCAACAUUUUAGCCCUUACUUGCAAGAUUGGGGUGCAUUUGAUCAUUUGCAGAAACAACUGGACGAUGUGAAAGAUGAGAGCAUUGUUCAGCAAGCUUUAAAGCAGAGGUUUACACUGGAAAACUUUGUUAGGGUUUCGGAGUCCCUGAAGACAAGUUCUUGUGGAGAGAGAUUGAAGGACAUAAUCCUAGAAAGGGGUAUAACCGGAACUGCGAUAAGACAUCUGAAGAAUAGUUUUGGCAAUGCAAGGCAGGCUGGCUUUAGGACUAGUGCUGAAUGGGCAUCAGGCUUAAAAUUGCCAUCUGUGCCUCUCAUACUGUCUAUGCUGAGAGGUUUGUCAAUGGGGCAUCUCCCAACUCAAAGGUGUAUUGAUGAAGAAGGUGUCUUGCCUUUGCUGCAUGCCCUGGAAGGAGUCCCUGGAGAGAAUGAGAUUGGAGCAAGGGCUGAAAACUUGUUGGACACACUAUCUAACAAGGAAGGAAAAGGAGAUGGAUUCUUGGGAGAGAAAGUAAGCAAGUUACGGCAUGCAACAAAGGACGAAAUGAGGCGCCGAGCUCUUCGGAAGAGAGAGGAGUUGCUUCAGGGGCUUGGAAUGCGCCAGGAACUUUCAUCUGAUGGAGGUGAGCGGAUUGUUGUUGCCCGGCCUGUCCUUGAAGGUUUGGAAGACGUGCAGGAGGAGGAAGAUGGAUUGGCUUGCAUGGUUUGCCGGGAGGGAUACAGUUUACGACCCACCGACUUACUGGGCGUUUACUCUUACAGCAAGCGUGUGAAUCUAGGAGUAGGUGCAUCAGGAAAUCCCCGUGGAGAAUGUGUUUACACCACUGUUAGUUACUUCAAUAUCAUUCAUUUCCAGUGCCAUCAGGAGGCCAAAAGAGCGGACUCUGCCUUGAGGAACCCCAAGAAAGAGUGGGAGGGGGCCACGCUUAGAAAUAAUGAAUCUCUUUGCAAUUCUUUGUUCCCCAUUAGAGGUCCAUCUGUUCCGCUGCCACAGUACAUUCGCUACAUUGACCAGUACUGGGACCACCUCAAUGGGCUCGGACGUGCUGAUGGAAGCAGGCUCCGCUUGUUAACCUAUGACAUUGUUCUGAUGCUUGCUCGGUUUGCAACAGGAGCAUCGUUCAGUGCAGACAGCCGAGGUGGUGGCCGGGAAAGCAACUCUCGGUUCCUUCCUUUCAUGAUUCAAAUGGCACGUCAUCUCCUUGAUCAGGGAAGUCCUGCCCAGCGUCGAACCAUGGCUCGGGCUGUAUUGGCAUACAUAACUAGUUCCACGUCAGAUCCCAGACCCCCUACUCCAUCCGGACCACAACCUACCAUAGGGACAGAAGAAACCGUCCAAUUCAUGAUGGUGAACUCACUCCUCUCGGAGUCUUACGAGUCAUGGUUGCACCACCGCCGUGCAUUCUUACAGCGCGGCAUUUACCAUGCAUACAUGCAGCACACUCAUGGUCGCUCCCCAGCACGCUCCUCAUCCGGAUCAGCAGAAUCAUCAGGGAGUAGUAGCACUGCCGUGGAAACAGGGCAGAGUGAGGAUCUGUUAUCUAUCAUUCGACCCAUGCUGGUUUAUACAGGCUUGAUUGAGCAGCUUCAGCAAUUCUUCAAGGUGAAGAAACCGGCUGGUUCUGGUUCAACAACUGUAUCAACAAUGGUGGCGGAGGCGGCGGCAGAAGGGGAAGAUGAGAGCGGGGACUUGGAAAGCUGGGAAGUGGUGAUGAAGGAGCGGCUGUUAAAUGUGAAAGAGCUGCUGGGAUUCUCCAAGGAGAUGCUGUCAUGGCUGGAUGAGAUGAAUUCUGCCAGUGAUAUGCAGGAGGCCUUUGACAUUGUUGGCGUUCUUGCCGAUGUCUUGUCUGGUGGCUUCACCCACUGUGAUGAUUUUGUUCAGGCUGCCAUUAAUGCUGGAAAAUCCUGAAUGCAAUGAUUCACAUCUCUUUAACGGAGCAUUUUAAAACGCAUGUCUUCCUACUUAUGUUCUUGUGGACGCACGAUGCUUGUGGAAAUAAGAGUGGCAGUUUUGGUUGAGAGAA